AUGGCACCAACUACUCAUCCAGGUGAUUUCUCGGCUGGUGUUGCUGAAACCAAUGAGAAGGCGGAUCUAGCUAUAACGACAGAUCAGAGAGACGAUGACAUCGAUCCUGUUGCAGAAAACCAGUUUCGCUGGAGACUUGACCUAGGCUUCCUCACUAUUGGGUUCUUGAGCUACAUGUUCAAGUAUAUAGACCAGACCAACAUCAGCAAUGCUAAGUUACUGUCCAAAGUUGUCUUGACCAUAGCCGAACAAGCCCAGCCUAACACAUCACUGUUUAGUAUUGGAUACAUGAUAAUGCUUUUUCCUUCCUGCAUUCUUAUAUCUCAUAUUGGGCCUGCUAUUUGGCUUCCAUCCUGCGAAGUUUGUCUCUUCUUUUGUCUAUCUAGAUUCCCGCUCAUAUGGGGAGUUCUUACUUGUUGCUUGUCCCUAGUAACAGAUGCACGACAGUGUUCUUGGAAAAUGCUCACAAAUCGAAAGGUAUAUGGAAUUCGCUUCUUUAUCGGAUUUUGUGAAGCGACGAUGUGGCCGGCUUAUUUCACAAUGAUCAGCCAGUGGUACAUGCCCAACGAAGUAGCUCUCCGCAUGAGCAUCUACAAUAUGGCUCAACCGGCUGGGGCUAUGCUGUCCGGCGCAAUGCAAGGCGCUUUGUCCACCAAUCUGGAGGGCCAUAUGAAUCGAAGCGGCUGGAGAUGGGCCUUUAUUAUCAAUGGCGUUUGCACAAUUGUUGUCGCGCUUCUUGGAUACGUCCUUUUACCUGGAUAUCCUGAACGCCCAAAUAAACUUGCGAGCUGGUAUCUGAGGCGACAGGACUACGAUGUUGCACUCGCUCGUAGUCGCCGUAUCGGCCGAGAGCCUCAGAGAGGACUCACAGUCAAGUCGUUCAUAAGAGCCUUCACAUUUUGGGAAUUGUGGGCUGUUGCAAUUGCAUGGCCAUUCGGUGGCAACACCGCGCCAACCAGCUAUUUCAAUCUCUAUCUCCAAUCUCUGAAAAACUCAGACGGAACUUUGACAUAUUCCGUAGCCAUGUUGAACUAUCUACCUAUUAUUGGGCAAGCCGUUCAAUUAGUUGCUGAGCUGCUAUUCAGCGGCUUCAGUGACUUGACUGGUCAAAGGUUGCCAUUCCUAAUUCUACAUUCUGCAAUCAGCCUUACAUCACUGUCCAUUAUUAUUGCCCGACCCCAAAAUAGACCGCUUCAUAUGGCUGGAUAUUACCUAAACUAUAUUGGAGACGUUUCAAUGAUGCUGUUGUGCGCGUGGGCAUCUGAUCACUUGCGAGGAGAGCCUGAAGUUCGGACACUUCUUUUCGCUACUGGAACAAUCAUAUUCUAUGCACUCAGCGCUUUUCUCCCAAUUGCAGCCUUUCCUGCAUCUGAAGCACCAAACUGGAAGAUUGGAGCCAAACCUUAUCUUGGGUUUGCCGUCGCCUCCCUUCUCAUGUUCAUUGGCAUCCAUAUUGGCUUCAAACGAGAAGCUAGGAAGAGAGAGCUCAAGGAAGAUUCUAAGGAGUAA